GUGGAAGAGCUGGCACAGGCCUUCCCAGACUUCGUGGCACCGCAGUUCGGAGUACAUCCUUGGUGGGCCAUGUCGCACAGAGCCAACGAUGAAUGGGUGGAGAAGCUUCGCAGCCUCCUCACAAACAACGCCGGCGCUGGCGUUGGUGAGUGUGGCCUCGACGGUGCGCGCAAGAAGGAUAUUCCCAUGGACUUGCAGCUGAAGGUGCUCCGACCACAGCUGGAGCUGGCCAAGGAGCUCCAAAGGCCUGUGUCGCUGCAUUGCGUUGCAGCCCAUGGCGCCAUGCUUGAGACUUUGAAAAGCGCGUUCGGUGAGAAGCACGCGCCGGGCAUUGUGUUGCACUCCUACUGCGGCAGCCCCGAGAUGGUGCCUGCUUUUGCGAAACUGAACUGCUUCUUUUCAUUCUCUGCGUCGAUCUUACAUAUCGGCAAGCAUGCAGGUGCACUGCGUGCUGUGCCGGAGGACCGGCUCCUCAUCGAGACCGAUUCGCCAGAUCAGCUUCCCAAGAAGCUGCGAAGCCCGGAAGACCCGGACAAGGAGCAUGUUCGGACGGAUGCAGAUGGCGAUCUCCUGAAUGAGCCGGCUUGGCUGCCUUUGAUCCUCCAUGGCGCCUCUGAGAUUCGCGAGGUUCCGGUUGCUGACCUCGGAGCACUGACCGCCGCAAAUGCCCGGCGCGUCUUCCGCUGGUCGGAAGCUUGA